AUGGAUGGCACGGCGAAGCCGGUCCUUGGUGAGCCCAGGUCACCUUUGGGGAGCGACUGGAAGGCACCUGUCACCAUCAGCCACCAACUCUUCCCUCAUAUCAUGGACCUCAUCCUGCUCAACCCAGCGUCCUGGAUUCCCUUUCGAGCCACUUGCAAGGAAUACUACUACCGAGUCGAGCCGUUGCUCCACCGACACCUGGUGAUCACCGACACCGACUGGGAUCCACGUCGCGUGUGCGGUCCUGACGGGCAAAUGUGUGACGACCGUGAGGGUCUGGAGCACUUCCUUAUACAUUCACCCCAUGGCAGGCUCCCAAGCUUCCAACCGCGACGAUUCUACGGAGGUCCGAACGCGCCCAAGGCAGACGAGUCCCUCGCCGCCUCAAUUUGUGUCGACACACUCGGUGGCGAAGUUGCCCGGGCCAAACGUCUCCUUCGUCAAGCCCAGGUCGUGGAUGUGCGUGCAUUGCUUUACGCAGGUAACUGGACAUCCAAAGCGCUCGGCAAGGUCGACACUGCGCGGUUUUUUAUUGACUGGGGCAUUUCGUAUUGCCGCCCCCUAUCCGCACGCCAUUGCACCGUCGAAUUACCCAUCCACGCCAACAGGAUCGUUCUUGUCCCACUUCUGAAUGUCUCCCAUUGCUGGAACGGCCCCGAGUGGGUCCAUGGGCUAUCGACCGACAGUCAAGAUGUUAUCUUUGAAGACUACGGGCUUCCAGCGGGCACCCUCGAGGUCGUUUCCUUUGUCAUCGGCUUCCAGGACAACAUGCCAUGCUGGAUACCGCUUGACGUCACUGCCUACCUGACAUCACUGAAGCACAUGGUCUUUAUUUUGACAGAGAACCAGGGUCAAGACCAGACGCCACAGGCUCGUCUUUGCCCAACAGACUGUUCAUGUCAUUGGGACGGCUUUCGGGACGCAAUUUUCCAUGUCCUGGCGGCCAUUACCUGUAACGAUAACCUGCGCCUCACUAUCGUUGACGACAACAUCACUACCAGCACCUCGGAGCUAUCCAAGUUCUUAUCCCAAAUCCGCACAGCCGUCGAGGUGCUGGAGACCAAGACUCCAUCAAAGAUCAUCAGCGAUCGCAUGGCCUUCAUGCUGUCCCGAAACGAUUACGAACAAACUCUCUCGGAGGAUGACAUUGCUAUCGAAUUUCCUGAUCGCCACCUAUGGACCGGAGAUGUGUGCGACUAUUCGAGCCCGUACCGUCAAGGCGCCACCGUCCUUCCCGAUACAGACUUGUUCGAUCAGCGUCGCCUCGGCAGCAGUCAUGGUCGCCUCGCGCUCCUCCCUUAG